AUGGCGGCUUACAUGGUGUUUGGCAACCAGUGGUCUCACAUCGCUAAGUUCUUUCCCGGAAGAACCGAUAACGGAAUCAAGAAUCACUGGCAUGUUUUGACAUCCCGACGACGGAAAAACAUCGCCGGCGUUUCAUCUUCUUCUUCUUCUUUUUGUUGUGUUUCAGGUGUUAGUACCAAUGACAGUUAUGGUAGUACCACCACUCUCAUGGGGAAAUCAACUGUGAUCAACGAGGGUACAACAUGUUCGAUUGGUAUGAAUUGGCUUACGCUAAAACUGGAAUUAAAUUGGAAAAUAGUUGAAAUGAGUGUAGUGGGGGAAGAGAUUAAGAUGUCACUAGCGGUGGCCGAUGGUGGUGGUAAUGGUGGAACCGGUGAUUACUACAAUGAAGCAAUGGAGACAGACGGUGGUUAUAUGGCAGAAGUCCGUCUCUCAUUCACUAAUCCUCCCAAUGACAUUAACUUGAACACCGCAACAAGCAAUCAUUUCACUACUAUUCAGACCACCACCAAUCAACCGCUGUCAUCACCGUUUAUUGACUUUCUUGGAAUCGGGAACUGA